AUGGGGGUGGUAAUCACCGUAUGGGGUGUCGUCGUGGAUGUGGCCAGCUUCUGGCAGAGGAAGCUGCGGAGCUGGUACGCGCGCAAAAGCCCCGUUGAGCUAUGGCUGGAUCUAUUGAGAACCGCCGAGGCCUUUGAGGACUGGGAGGAGGCCGCGCUACACCUGGAUAACCUCCUGGGCCUUGAUCUGAGGAACAAUCCAGCUUCUAAGUAUUACGACUGGAGACUCAUUGCAGAACGCCUAGACUCUCUCGCGACCGCGCGGGAAGACGGAAACUUUCAGCAGCUCGUCAACCUGUUGAGAUCCGGCCUUGUUCGAAACCUCGGGAACAUCACCUCACCCAAACUCUACAAUCGAUCAUUUGCCGGAACCAAGUAUCUUAUAGAAGAGUACAUCACCCAGAUUGCCGAGGCAGUGGAGGAUAUUCGCGCCCUGCCUACAACUCCGUCGGCUACACAUGGCACGGGGCCAUCCUUGACGACGCAGAUGAAAUUGGACUGUAUCCACGAUACAAGACAGGCUUUCGGGAGGAGUACACUCGUCCUUCAAGGCGGUGCGAUAUUUGGUAUGUGCCAUUUGGGCGUUGUCAAGGCUCUCUUUCUGCGUGGUUUACUCCCGCGCAUCAUUACGGGAACGGCUACAGGCGCCUUGAUCGCGGCUCUGGUCGCUAUUCAUACUGAAGAUGAGCUACCGGCUGUUCUGAGUGGCGAUGGUAUUGACCUCUCGGCAUUUGCUUCCAAGCAUGGUCAUGAGAACGGGGAGGCCUCAACGGCUCAGGCCUUCAGGUCACGGUGGGAAACUCUGUUGCGGAGGAUCAGGCGUUUCUCCAAAGAAGGGUACUUUCUUGACGUGACUGUUUUGGAGGAGUGUGUGAGGGCCAAUGUUGGUGAUUUGACCUUCGAGGAGGCCUAUAACCGGAGCAAGAGGGUGCUGAACAUAACUGUUGCGACGGAGGGCCAGGGGGGUGUACCGACGCUCCUCAACUAUCUGACCGCGCCUAAUGUGUUGAUCUGGACGGCUGCUGUAGCGUCGAAUGCCUCAUCGCCCUCUCUCUAUGGCCACAGCAAGACGACUAUGCUCUGCAAGGACGCCCACGGCAACAUUGUACCGUGGGCGCCAGCUAACACAAUUGACUUUCGACAUUGGACUCACACAUCCUACUCCGAUCGAGACUCGCCUUUACGACGUAUUGCUGAGUUAUUCAACGUCAAUCAUUUCAUUGUCAGCCAAGCUCGACCGUAUCUCAUUCCCUUUAUUCAGUCUGAUAUGCAUGGUCCAUCUUUAGUAGAGUCGCGGAGCAAGACGACACAGAUAUCUGCCUUUCUCGUACGCAUGGUCGGGCUGGAGAUAAGGCACCGCCUAAGUCAGUUGGACACACUAAAUCUCCUGCCAACCGGUAUCCGCCGCUUCCUGGUCGAUGAACAAGUCCCGGCUGCCUCUAUGGUUCUCGUGCCUGAAGUGACAGCAGGGGACUUUGUGCGAUUACUAGAAACUCCGACACGAGAGACCCUCAACUACUGGGUUCUCAGAGGCGAGAGGAGCGUGUGGCCUGCCGUAGCCGCCCUAAGAAUCAGGUGUGCUGUUGAGAAUGAGCUCGAUAGGUCAUAUCAGGUGGUCAGGAAGUUUAAAGCCCCCGGCUUACGACGAAAGGGGAGCAUGGCCGCUACGCUGGAGGGUUAG